AUGUCGGAGGGUGCCUCGGGGCUCGCUCGGAGGGCUUACUGGUUGUGUGCUAAGCGUGGCUGCAACGCUUGGAAUUGGUGCGACAAGCGUUGGACGUGCAAGGCGUGUGGCACCAGUGCUCCCCCAUGGACGAAGGAGUACCGCUCCGACAAGGUCUCCCCUCGGGUGGACGCCGACGGGUUCGUGCAGCAGCCCAGGGGAAGAGCUGACCAGCGCGCUGCGAGGCGCUCCGCCUCCCAGCGGGCCCUCUCUGGGAGCACGGCACCCAGCAGCGCCCCCAACAGCAGGACACGGCGUGAGCGUUCCUUGGGAGAGGCCAAGUCUCAGUACGAUGAGCUCCAGGCGCAGCUCGUGGCGGCCAAGGAGCGGGUCGACAAGCUCCAGGCGGUCGCGGCGCUCGGGCUCUCGGAGGACUUCCAGCGAGAGGCGGAGAAGGCCCUCCAGCAGGGCAGGGACCAGGUCGCCGCCCUCGAGCAGUCGGCCCAGGAGGCCCAGCGGACGGGGCGCCCGCCCCACUCGGUCUUCCACAUCGAGGCCAACGCCAUCCAGAAGGUCGAGCGUCAGCUGGCCAAUGCCCGCACUAAGAAGGAGAAGCUCCAGCUGCAGGCGGCUGAGCUGCGUGACCUCAUCGCGGAGAAGCAGGAGCAGCUGUCUGCGGCCGAGCUGGGAGUUGAUGAGGUCACUGGGCAGAUUGCCGAGCUGGAAGAGACCAAGGCCAAGGUCACGCAGCAGGCGAUCCAGAGGGCCAACGCGGCAGUCGGUGGUGUGCCGAGCCCGCUCGGGGAAGCUGUCCAGGGGCUGCUCACGCAGGUUGGGGCCCUGUCGGACCUCCUCAAGCAGCACGGGGCUGAGUUGCCCCCCAGGUUCUCGGAGAUCGUCGACAUUCUCAACACGCAGAAGGAAGCGGUCGCUGACGUGCUCAGGCCCCGCAGCAGCUCGGCCAGGAAGCGCUGGGGCGACAGCGUUGGCGACGACGGCCUCGCGACUGAGGACGAUGACAUGCCGCUCGACAUCGUGUCCUCGGGUGGGUCCGUGGCCGCCCCCGCCCCUGGCGCCCCGCGGACAGGGCAGUCCGCGGCUGGGCCGCCCGCCCCACGGGCCAGGUCUGCGGACGGGCCCUACGGGCCCGCAGUGGCCCGUGGCCAGCACGGAGCGACUCGGGGUGCGUGGCCCCAGGUGGAGCCCUGCCUCGCCAAGGCCCUCGCAGAGCAAGGGGCGGCCAUCUCGGACGUUCGUGGGCCCAGCUGCUGGGACAGGGGCUCGGCGGGCAUGGGGCCUGGCGUUCAGGAGCGCACGGCUCGCGAGGCUGCCGUCAUCGGCCAGGCGCCGCCUGGGGACAGGGCAGGAGGCCAUCAGCUCCGAGCUGGCCUCGUCUUGCUCGGCUGCAAUGGCAAUACUUGGAGCAGGAGCAUUGAGGUCAUUGAAGCCUUCUCCAAGGCGUACGACUACUGGCCCGACGUCGUGACGCUGCAGGAGACGAGGCUCCCGCAUGAGCGCCUGCCCAGUGCGGCGGCUCAGGCCCGAGGCCUGGGGUACGCGGCCUUCCUCCACGCGGCGGUGUUGACGGAGAAGCAGGGGCCCCUGGCGACCUCAGGCGGCGUGGCGAUCCUGGUGCGGGACGGCUUGCAGGCCGACGAGUCUGCGGCCCCGCUGCCCUCGGCAUUGCGGCACCGCCUCAUCGGAGUGGAGAUUGCCGCAGCUUCGGGCCUUCGGCUUCUGGUGCUUGCUGGUUAUUUUCAGCACUCUCUGGGCCCUCGGGGCAUCAACCUCGACAUGUUUUCGGCCAUCUCGGAGGUAGCCCCUGAGCUCCUUCGGGCACACGAGGACGCGGGGAUUGUGCGUUACUCGGUUGGCAAGAAGGGGCAGGUCACGUCCAGGGAGGUCUCGUGGUCCUGGGACGUGGGCUCGGCUCCGACCAACCUCUCCGUCGCCUUCGGCGAGUGGGCGGCAGCUGCAGAAGGCGCCCUGGUCGGCAUCCACGGCAUCGGCCAGGCUGACCUGGCCCGUCAUCUCGGCAGAGGAGAGGGGCCGAGGCUGACCCUCAAGCCGCUCAGCGCCCUUGUCAGGCGGGACGCCAGGUUCAGGUUCAGCCUCCUCACGCACCGCCUAAGGAGUUGCCUUGACGUGGCCCUCCAGCGGGUGCGCGCAGAGAGCACUGGCCGAUGGCACCCUCGGCAUGCGGACUGGUACGAGCACCAGGCCGAGCUCAGGGCGCAGCUCUUGCUGGAGGCGGUGCAGGAGGCGGACGACUCGGUCGGUCAGGGUCUUCCUGGUGCUGAUCCUGAGCGGUUGAGCGACCUGGUGUACCAGGCGGGCGUCCGCGGCUGCCCUGAGGCAGCUCGGGACCUCCAAGGGCUGCUUGGUGCUUCGCAGCGCCGCGAUGCGGCUCAGAGCGCCCAGGCCUGGCGCAGCUGGGCUCAGACAGCGGUCGAGAAGGGCGGUCGCCUGGCCCACCGUUUCUCGAAGGCGACGCCCCCGCCGACAGUCAGGGACGCCGACUCGGGCAGGAGGCUUGUGGGUAUAGCAGCGAUUGGCGAACUCACGAGGGUCUGGCAGAAGCUGUGGCUCCAGGACGGGUUUGCCUCGGGCGCAGGGGCCAGCAGCUGGGACGUGGGCGAGUGGCAGCUGCCCCCCAUCUCGCUGGAGCAGCUCCAGGCGGCCUGCAAACGCUACAGCCCCUCGGUGGGCCUCGG